CCCACUGUUUGGGGAAAUACCAUAAACAAGCUACUGGACCUUUUCUGUCAGCUGGAGCGAGUCCUUCUCUCCCGUGACGGGUUGUUGCGACAGCGACAGGAACAUUUGACGCUCUCCCUCGAGCAAGCACCGCGUCGUGCUGUCGUCCGAAGCCGCCCGGAGCCGACGUUCGCCAGGCGGGUUCUCCGAGUUCUGCUGCAGCUGGACCGCGUCGAGGAGCCAUGUCUGAUUUGAUACUGGUGCUGCUGAUCGUCGCGCUGCUGCUGUGUCUGGUUGUGACUGUCGGCGGCUUCCUGAUGUACUCGGGGCUCCUGUCGGACGUGGUCAUAAAGACGGGGCCACCUCCGAUCAGGAACGUGACCAUCGCCUAUAAGUUCAAGGAGGGAGUGUACAAGGAGUGCGGUGCAGCGUACACGGAGAGCUGCAGCAUCGGGCCACAGCUCAGCGCCAUCGGCGUCUUCUACGAUGACCCCAAACAGCGGCCGCCGGAGAAGUGCCGCUACGCGGUGGGCAGCGUCCUGUCGGAGGGCGACGACAAGCCCGACGAGGAGCUGCAGAGGCUGUACGAGAAGUUUGGCUUCAAGGUGUUUGCCCUGCCUCAAGUGAGCCACGCCGUCACCACCAGCUUCCCCUGCAACACCACGCUGUCCUACGUGCUGGGACCCUACAGGGUCUACCCCAGACUCGCCUCCUACAUUGAGCACCUCAGCCUGAUAUGUGGGCCUUCUAUUCAAAACAGAGAUGCACCGGUCUCAUCUGCCCGUGGGUUCUGCAGGAGAGCACAUUUCAAUCACGGCGGCUUCCAGACCCAGACGCAGGUUAAGUGGAGGCGUGUUGACUCCAUGACCGACUGCAGGGAAGUGGAUAGCGGCCAAUCAGACAGGAGAAGAGACAAGGGAACUGAGAAUCAAAACAUUCAAGCAGGAGAGAGGAAGCUGUACGCGUUCCCCUCGGUGGAGAUCUACAGAUCGGACUCCAUCCACUACAUGGUUCCGCUGUCUCACCAGAUGGACUUCUUCGUUCCCGAAAUGAAGGAGGAGGUGAAGACGGACGUGAAAGAAGAGGAGUCUGACGAGGACAGAGGAACCGAUAUCACAGGUGCCGAUUCCCACAGUGACGUCAGCUCGGUGAGCGGCGGCGUGCCCUGGGACAGCAGAGAGACGUCGCUGGCUGCCUCCACCGCCGCCUCGCUGGCCUCCUCGCUGCCCCUGAGGGACGUGGCGGACGCCGGCGGAGACGUCAAGCACAGGGACUACAGCGACAGGGGCUCCGACGAGUCCAUGGGCAGCGGCUCGUCCUUUGAAGAGCUCGACAUGGAUCAGGAGGAGCGGGAGGAGGGCGAGGAGCGGGAGGAGAAGGAAGACGUGGAGGAGGAGAAGCCCCCCGAGGGCGAGGUUGGAGCUCGGGAGGCAGUUGAACUGAUGGCUGAGAAGAAGGAGCCCUCGGGGGACGGAGAGGGGGAGGGCGGAUACUGAAGAGAUGAGGAACGAGGCCACGUACCACCGGCUUUGCUAGAGAGUUUCUCAGUUGUUGCUGUUGCUGGUUAUCUGUCAUGUAAUGUUGUUGGGGAUUUAAAGCAGUUCAUGUCAUCUUAUUUACGCCUGUCAUUUAGAGAUUCUUUUUUUAAUUUCCUUUUAAUAAAUUCCUGAUCCUGUAUUUACACUCUGUCAGGACAGAGCAGCAGACAGCCCCUUGGAGUCGAGUCUCUCCCAGUAUAAACACAGGCUCCCCUGCUCAUGGUGGGCUUCAAACCAAAGUCAAGAUGUGAUUAAGUCUACAUUUCAUUUCAAACAUUAAUCUUGUUUCAAUCAUCCUCAUUUCACUUCUCAUUAGAAGUGACUCCACAGUUUAAGAUUAGCAUCAAAGCCAAGACGCUGACCCCCGUGUUCUGGAUCCUGGACCGCCCCAUGUGUGACAGUUGAUGUCGUCCACUUCUUUCAAGGUCGCGUCCCCAGAAGGUUUAUGUCAUGUGUUUGUGUGCAGUACCUGACUUUGUUGUUGUGAUGUAUAGUAAUGAUCAGAUGAAGGGUGCAGGAGCCGAUGGCGUAGAACCUUUAAUGGACCUUUGAUGGUUUCAUUAUGAAAUUGUUUUCUUUUCUGAUUUAAAUGAUCGGUGCCAUAGAAGAAGGACAGCGGUAAGAAGAAGUGAAGCUCAUCUCUGCAGGACUAAAACACAUUGAACAUGUUCCCGUCUAUGGUUUGUUGAACCAUUCACCUGUUUUCAUUCGUAGCUUAAAUUCACUUCCAGAGACUAGUUGUGCGAAAUCCUUAGGUUAAAACUGCUGGCGACACAUUGGAAAUAAUGUACAGAGCGUUGCCAUGGUUACGUCUAUGUGUAAUAAAAUUUUUAAAUGAGACGUUCAAAA